CCUCCCACGCUAAGGGCCAAGCUCGCAGCGCCCAGGAGGCCGCGCAGCGCCGCCACUAUGAGUCUGGGCACCGCGGAUCUAGCCUCGGAGACGGGAGAUGACAGCCUGUCUGCAAUUACCUUUGAUUCUGACUUUGAGACGAAAACAAAAAGAAAAGGUUGCCAGAAACCUCCUUCCACAUCACCAAAAUCACCUUACUACUCCAAGCCCAGAAAAGUGACAUCCUGGCGGUCUCUGAAGACAGGAGGGAGCAUGCCUCUGAGCAGCAGAAUGUCCUUGACCCCACAAAAGCUAUGGCUGGGAACCUCAAAACAUGGAAGUGUGACCCAACCCCUGAGCUCCACGCUUACCUCGGAGCACGCAUGGACCCACCCCCCCAGCUGCACGCCCGACCACCUGACAGAAGCCUUAAGAGCGAAGAGGGCAGACCUCCGGCGUUCUGGCAGCCAUGGUCAUGUCUCUGGGACUUCUGUCUACAGAGAGAAAGAGGACAUGUAUGAUGAGAUCAUCGAGUUGAAGAAGUCCUUACAUAUGCAGAAAAGCGAUGUGGAUCUGAUGAGAACAAAGCUUCGGCGCUUGGAAGAGGAGAACAACAGAAAGGAUCGACAGAUAGAACAGCUCUUGGAUCCAGGUCGAGGUCCAGACUUCGUGCGAACCCUGGCCGAGAAAAGGCCUGACACUGGUUGGGUCAUCACCGGGCUCAAGCAAAGGAUCUUCAGGCUGGAGCAACAGUGCAAGGAAAAGGACAACACUAUCAACAAACUGCAGACGGACAUGAAGACCACCAACCUGGAGGAGAUGCGCAUUGCCAUGGAGACAUACUAUGAGGAGAUCCAUCGUCUUCAGACCCUCCUAGCGAGUACUGACGCCACAGGAAAGAGGCCCAUGGUGGAGAAGAAGCUGGGUAUGAAGAGGCAGAAGAAGAUGAGCAGUGCCCUGCUGAACUUGACCCGGAGCGUGCAGGAGCUGACAGAGGAGAACCAGAGCCUGAAGGAGGACCUGGACCGCAUGCUCAGCAAUUCCCCCACUGUCUCCAAAAUAAAGGGUUAUGUAGACUGGAGCAAGCCCCGGCUGCUGAGACGCAUCGCAGAGUUAGAAAAGAAGGUGAGCUCCUCAGAAAGCCCAAAGCUCUCUACUUCAGAGCUGGUCAAGCCAAAUCCCCUGGUCCACUCCUCAUCCAACAUCUCAGUGCAAAAGCAGCCGAAAGGGGACCAGUCCAAAGAGGACCAGCCCAAAGGGGAUCCAUCCGAGGAUGAGGAGCAUCUCCAAGGAGCCGUGAAGAUCCUGAAGGGGGAGCGGAGCGCACUGCAGGCACAGCUGGCGGAGAAAGACGUGGAGAUGAAUAAGCUGCUGCAGGCCAAGAUCGACUUGGAGAAGGAGCUGGAGAUAGCCAGGGAAGGCGAGAAGGAGAGGCGCCAGCAGGAGCAGGCUUUGAGAGAGGAAAUUGAAGCUCUCACCAACAAGUGUCAAGAACUGGAAGAAGCUAAGAGACAAGAGAGAGAGCCUACUGUGGCAGUCACUCAUGAGGCCCACCCAGAGCUCCGAUCUCCAUCACCCUGCAGCAGGCACUCCAAGCCAGACUCCGACAAUGAGCCCGACUCCCCCACCAGUGCUGGCGAGAGGGCUGGCUGCCAGUCCCCCACCCCAUGCUCUGAAGAGAGGAGAGAGGCCGCCGUCAGAACCCUGCAGGCCCGAUGGAAGGCCCACAGGCACAAGAAAAGAAAAGCGGCUUUGGAUGAGGCAGCAACUGUGCUCCAGGCGGCCUUCAGGGGACACCUAGCUCGUUCUAAGCUGUUACGCAACAAAGCCCCAGACUUCAGGUCUCCGAGCCUGCCUGGCCUUCCCAGCCUUCCCAAUCAGCUGCAGAGCUCUCCCACAUCUCGUGUCCCAAGCCCCACCUUCCAGCCUGAAGACAGCCCAGCACAAGAGGAGGCCAUCACUGUCAUCCAGUCCAUCCUCCGGGGAUACCUGGCCCAGGCCAGGUUCAUUGCCAACUGCUGCAGAGGGCUUGCCGCCUCAGCUCAGAGGGAAGCUGUCUCAACCACACCCUCAGGAUCCGCCUCCCCACCUUCCCUAGCAGCUUCUUCUGGGAAGGUCAGCAAGGAGAGCUGUGGGGAAGCUACCGAGGCAGAAGAUGAGGCAGAAGAGCCAGCAGCCCUGCAGUUCUAUUCAGAAGCAAUGCGAGUGGGGCUCUGUCCCAAGGAGGAGCCGAGAGAGACCUCUGCAGCUGGACCUGCCUCCUCACAGUCCUCGGUGCCCGACUCCCCCCAGGGUGGCCACUGGGACUGUCCAUCCCCAUUCAGUCUGGACGCUGUGCCUCAGUCCAGCGUGACGGAUGUGAUGUGCUUGGAUCUGCUUGGAUGUGAAGAAAGGAGCAGCAGCACCGGAAGUGCUCAGCCAUCCCUGGUGGCAUCCUCUCCCCCAGGACUACAGCCCACAGCGUCACCAACCCCUGAGGAGGAUGUCUGCUCCGAAGACUCGGAUGAUAUUAUCUUUUCACCAUUUCUGCCCAGGAAGAAAAGCCCCUCCCCAUUCUAGGACCCCAGUCAUUGCCUCCAGAACACCUUCCUGAUGCUGCACACAGCAGGCUGGGCAUGGGACCCUCAGGAUGGGAGCUGGGCUUGCGGCCAGAGGCCAGGAAGAUGGAACCCAACUUUAUCGACCUGCCCCAGGACAGGGAAAGGGCCCCUAAUACUGUGAUGGGACCAAGCACACCUGCCUAGCCCUUUUCUCCACCAGGGGGCAAAAAACAACUCAGCCAGGACCCUGGCAGGCUCAGUUUUUUAUGCACUUGGCCUGUGGGCUAUCCGCCAAAUUAGUUUUCUUUCCUGUGUACUGGUAAUUUUACCAACGUGGCAGCCAAGUGGAGCCCUCUGUAGAUCUGCCUCCCUACCACAACUUGGGUGUGUUCCCUGUGAUUGAUGCCACCACUUGAAGCUUCAGUCCAUCUACUCGGGCACAAGAAGGUGACUACAAGUGGCCCCCUCUUGUGCCUAUACCUUCCCCAAGACCAAGGGUCCUUAUGUGGCUGCUCUGUUCUCUCUCUUAUUUAAUAGCAGCCAUUUAUGCAUUGAGUGUUCUGAGCAUGAACAUUCAGGAGUUCUAGGUUGGUGGGGGGCAGGGGUAUGGGGUGGGUGUCUUCACCUCUGUUGCCCCCACCUCAGGAAAGGGGGCAGGGUCUGUAGCUCUGAGGUUUAUCUGUGCAGCCAGCCUGGCCAGUGAACAGUGAAGUCAAGAUCAGCCCCUGCACUUGAGUUUUCUGAGAACAUGUCCCUGCAAACAGGAAAGCUUCAACCCUCCUGUCCUUUGGUGCAGCAGCUAAUCUAUUAAAGAUAAACCCUGUCUUGAAGCUACCUCAGUAAAUGACGGUGCCUCAAGCCUCUGUCUUUGGCCGGUGUCCUGUGUCCUGUGCUCCCCACCCAGGCUCCAUUGGUACAGCAGGCUGCCCCUGGCUGAUCUGACGUAGAGAGCCCCCGGGGGGGGGUAACUUCUGUGGGACCUAGGAGCAGUGCAGAGAGCUGCUGCUGGCUCCCCAGGAGCAAAUGUGUAGGAGUUCAGCCAGUCAGUCCAGCUUUGGUCUUUGCCUGGUCUAUAAGAUAGGCAGACUCCUCGUGCUUGGCUUGCUUUCGGAGGCACAAGUCCUCCAGCAUGUGGCUGGCCAGCUAGGGCCAUUGGCAAAGCCCAAACUACAGAGACUGUGGGUGGGGUGAGCUGUAGGCCAAUGGCGGG